AUGCGCAGACAGAAUACUCAGCGGCCCACAGAAUACGCAGCGGCUCACGCCAAGGAGGAUCCAGACCCAUUGGAAGAAGGAACCAGCGCCCCUGCUGGGCACACGUCUGUCACCGCCGGGCACACGUCUGUGCGGGUUAAGGAAGAACCAGAAUCGUGUCUAGAAGAAACUCUCCCCGAAGCGGACCUUCUGUCUCCGCAUGUUAAGGACCACGGAAGGCGCAAUGGAGAAAAGACCACCGAGUCUCUCCACGACGCACGGAAGGUCUAUAACUGCUCCGUGUGUCACAAGGGCUUCACCAACAAGUCGGCGCGAUUCCGCCACCAGAGGAGCCACAAAGAAAAGAAGCUGGCGUGCGCAAAGUGCGGGAAGCGCUUCCUUUACAAGUCCGAGCUUCUCAUCCACGAGAGGACGCACACGGGGGAGAAGCCGUUUGUGUGUUCAGAGUGCGGGAGGGCCUUUUCCCAGAAUUCCUUUCUCAUCGCCCACCAGAACGUCCACACGGGAGGCAAACUGCUCGAAUGUCCUGCGUGCGGCAGAAGUUUCACCGAUAACCUGGAGUUCGUGAAACACCAAAAAGGCCACAGAGAGAAGAAGCUGGUCUGCCCGUACUGUGACAAGCGCUUCUUCUACCGCUCCGAUCUCCUCAUACACCAGAGAACUCACACGGGGGAGAAACCCUUCGCGUGUUCCGAAUGCGGGAAGAGCUUCGUUCGAAAUUCCUUCCUCGCCGCUCAUAAGAGCAGCCACACGGGCCAGAAGCCUUUCGCCUGCGCCGACUGCGGCAAAGGUUUCUCGAGCAACGCCGAUCUCGUUAAACACCAGAAGGUUCACAAGGAGAAAAAGCUGGCGUGUGCCGAGUGCGGCAAACCCUUCCUCUACAAAUCAGAACUGGCCGUGCACCACCGGUCCCACUCGGGUGAGAAAGAGUUUGCUUGCUCCGACUGCGGGAAACGGUUCAUCAGUAACUCCCACCUUAUUACCCACCGGAGGGUACACACCGGGGAGAAGCCAUACCGGUGCUCGGAUUGUGGGAAAGGCUUCGCCCAGAAGGCCGCCCUCGACAAGCACCAGAGGAUCCACUCAGGACAGAAACCCUUCGUGUGUUCGGAAUGCGGAAAGGGUUACAUCGACCACAGAAGUCUUCUCAAGCAUAAGGUGCUGCAUUCGGAAACUCAGUUCCCGUGUCCUGAGUGCGCAAAAUGUUUUUCUGACCGCGCCGGCCUCGUUGGCCACCAGAAGGUCCACUCCAGCGAAAACCCCUUCAUGUGUUCCUUCUGCAGGAAGGGCUUCACCAGUAACUCUCUCCUCGUCGCUCACCUGAGAUGUCACACGGGAGAGAGGCCGUUCCCAUGCGCCGACUGCGGAAAGAGCUUCGGCCGCAAGUCCACUCUGGUCGCCCAUCGAAGAAUUCACACGGGAGAGAAGCCGUACGAGUGUCCGGACUGCGGGAGGCGCUUUACCCAGAAGUCGGAACUCAUCACGCAUGAGAAGAUCAAGAAGGGGGAGAGGUCGUAUUCCUGUUUGGAAUGCGGGAAAUCUUUUGUCUUAAAAAGCUGCCUGAGCAGACAUUUGAGGAUUCACUCGGAAGUAAAAGAAGUCAUUUUAAAAUCUCAGAGAGGGGAGCUCCCCUGCCCCGUCUGCCAGAACGUCCCCGCGGACCCCGUAACGCUCGCGUGCGGACACGGCUUCUGUCGGCUCUGCUUGGAUACGGCGCAGGGUGGCGGGGAGACGGCUCCCUGUCCCCAAUGCCGACGGACGCCUAGAAGGAGAAGGACACGCCGGGGAAAUCGGAGGCCGACCAACACAGCUGAGGUCGGGGUCUCCUGCACUUACUGUAUCCAGUCGCGGGUACCUGCGGCCAAAAGCUGCCUACUGUGCGAGGCGUCUCUGUGUGAGGAGCACCUGGAGGUCCACAGCAGGUCGGCGGAUCAUGUCCUCACCCAGCCCACUGCCUCCCCCAGCCUCUGGAAGUGCUCUGUCCACAAGAAGCUCCUGGAGUACUACUGCCCCCAAGACUCCGUCUUCGUCUGUGUGUCCUGCAGGCUGGACGGAGAGCACGGGGGCCACCGGGUGGAGACGCUUGCCGAGGUGGCUGACAAGAAGAAGGAGAGACUGAGGGGCGUCCUGGAGGGACUCGCGUCCCGGUCGGACGGUGUGGAGAAGAGCAUCCAGAGUCUGCAGGACAGCCAAAGAAAACUGCUGAGGAAAGCAGGGUGCGAGAGAGACAGACUCGCCGAGCUGCUGGCGGACGUCAGAGAGAGGCUGGAGGCUCUGCAGCAGCACGUGCUGAAGGACAUCACCCUGCGGGAGCAGCAGCUCUCCCUCCACGCCUCCAAUCUCCUCCGACACCUGGAAAAAAAGAAGGAGGAGCUGCGCGGGAAGACUCUUCGCAUCGAGGGGCUCCUCAGCACCAGCGACCCCCUGGCCGUCAUACUCGGGUGUGAAUCGGCCGGAGCUGACCUCUGGAAUUCCGAGACGGACCAGGGCAGGAAGGGAGAUACUCCGGAAGGGUUACAGCUCGGCGGAGUGGGUUUGGCGUCUGUCCCUUUGCACAGAGGCUUACUGGCUGUCGGCGACGCCAUCGAGAAGUGGGGGCAGGUGCUGGAGGCCUCUGACUUCUUUUUGUAUGGGAGCGACGACUCGGACGCGUUCCUGGAGGUUCCACCUACUCCGGGCGGCGGAAAAAUGCGCUCUGGUGCGUUCCUGGAAGGCUACGCGGCUUCGGACCUCACGCUCGACGUGCACACGGCCAGCAACGAUGUCAUCGUGUCGGAUAACCUGAAAAGCGCCUUGUGGUCGUCCAGGCCCCAGGGCCGCCCAGAAACCCCCGCGAGGUUUGGCCUGUACACCCCGCAGGUCCUCAGCUUGGAGAGCUUCUCCUCGGGGAGGCAUUGCUGGGAGGUGGAGACCGUAAAGACGGCACAUAUACGGGUGGGCGUGGCCUAUGCCAGUAUAGAGCGGAAAGGGCACGGCUCGUGUAUCGGGGAGAGCGAGGAGUCCUGGGUCCUGCAGAGGUUCGACAAUCAAUACGUCGCGAUACACUGCAACGAUGGGGUCCUGGUUCCGUACGGCCCGUCCUGUCAGAGGCUGGGGGUCUCGCUGGACUACGAGGCGGGCCGGCUCUCUUUCUACGAGCUGCGAGACCCCGUCAGACACUUACACACCUUCACUACCACCUUCGCUGAGCCGCUUCACGCUGCCUUCUGGCUGGACCGAUCCGGAGACUCUUCGAUGAUGACCAAGAACUUGGAUCCGGUGGCUGAGAAGAUCUGGAGCCUCACCCUGGAGAUCAUCUCCCUGCUGAGCGGAGAGGAUUAUAUGAUUGUGAGGAAGCCCAGUGACUGCGUCCCACCCAGCGACGGCCCCCUUGUGUCAGACGGACCCCCCGGGACCCGGAGCCCCAGCCCGGUGCCUCCACCUCACUCGCUGACCCACGAUAGGAACCGCGAGCAGAAGAUCCUGGAACUGACCAACAAGAUGAUGUCCCUGCUGACUGGAGAGGUUCCUGUGAGGUGUGAUGAUGUCACCGUCUAUUUCUCCAUGGAGGAGUGGGAGUAUUUAGAAGGACACAAGGAGCUUUACAGGGACGUGAUGAUGGAGACCCACCAGCCCCGCGGCUCUCCGGGUAGAGCUGCGCACGUACAGAACGGCCGAGCCGACAAAGAUACACGUGGUGGAGAGGAAUGUAUGGCGACCAGGCCGAGGAGGACUUCCUGCAAAGCCCCGAAUACCGGAGAGACAGAGACCGGCGGGGAAGACUGUCUAAAAAAAGACAGUCAACCUACCGCAGGACAUGCGCAGAGAAACGCCGGAGAAUGUCCACGCGUCACGGAGGGGACGCAGAGCGAUAGAGCGUUUACUCGGAUUAAAGACAGACUCUCCGCAGGAGAAGACGGGGAUCCCGAGGGCCCGCCUGAUGUAGAGCGUCUUGCAGGGGGUGACGUUUAUAGAUCAGAGCACGUGAGCGCCAAUAGCGAGCAGUCUUUCGCCGCUGCAGAGGGAGACCUCGCGGAUCGUAAGCUUUACAGUUACAUGGAACACGCGCCCCUAGGGUAUAAGUCUCUGCGUGUGAAGGAGGAGGCAGCCUCAGGCGACGAAGGAGACCCCUCGGACAGUCUCAUUUAUAGAGCGUUGGAACCGGAGAUGGCUUACAUAACCGUCCACGUUAAAGAGGAAUCCCUGUCGGGGGACGAGGGAGAUGUCACAGAUGGGACAGGAAGGGGGGAAGGGAUCGAUUCCCCGGCGCGGGGAAGGAACGGGAGUUUGGCUCAGCCGGGGCCGCUGGCGGCGGAGAAAGUCUACGAUUGCACGGAAUGCGAGAAAUCUGAUUUCGUGAAGCAUCAGAGCGUUCACACAAAGAGACUGUCCUGCCCUAAGUGCGGGAAACUCUUUUCCUACAAAGCAAACCUCGUCUCCCAUCAGAGGGUUCACAACCGGGUCAAGUCCUUCACCUGCUCCGACUGCGGGAAGAGCUUCAUCUGGAACUCCCACCUCGUCCGACAUCAGAAGAUCCACACAGGGGAGAAGCCCUUUCCGUGUUCCGAGUGCGGGAAGUGCUUCCUCAGCCACUCGCACCUCGUAACCCACCGGCGGAUCCACACGGGCGAGAAGCCCUUCUCGUGUCCGGACUGCGGGAAGCGCUUCACGCAGAGCUCCAGCCUCACCACCCACCAGAGGACUCACACGGGGGAGAAGCCGUACGUGUGCCCGGCGUGCGGGAAGGGCUUCAAGAACAGCACGGGCCUCGCUAUGCACAAGAAGACUCACGGGGACUUUCACGUCUUCGUACCGCCACAAAAGCCGCAGAACGUUCUCUGUCAGGCCUCAGAGGACUCGCAUGCAGCUGAAGACCAGCUUCUUCUCUCCCGCAGACUCUGGACUCGUUUCUGUGUCUCCUCUCACUUUCUUCUUAUGCUGAGUCUCCUGGUGGGGUCCCCUGUGCUCUCCGGCCAGGCUCCACAGACAGCGUCCUCGGGGCAGUGCGACCGUCUGCCACAUCGCGGUACCGCAAGCUUUUACGAGGUUCUCGAAAGCUUCAGCCGAAUGCAGAUAAGUCCGGUCCCUGGCAGACCCCGGGCUGUAUUUGCGCUGCUGCGUUACCUAUUCGUGGGCAAAACCUCUCCCGAGAUGCCCUGCCAGCUAAAGCUGAGCGUCUGGAGUGGAGCUCUGGGCGAAGCGCUUCCCGCAUUCGGGACACGAGAAGGGCUUCUCUCCCGUGUGGAUCCGCUGAUGGUUGACGAGACUCGAUUGGUUGAGAAAACGCCUCCCGCAGACGGGACACGGAAAGGGCUUCUCCCCCGUGUGGAUCUUCUGAUGUCGGACGAGGUGGGAGCUCCAGAUGAAGCUCUUCCCGCAGUCGGAGCAGACACAGAUAUUCCGGGGGUAGAUGGGGCUUCUGGACGGAUGGACUUCACCGGCCUCGGGGGCCGCAGCUGGUGGUCCCAGGACAUGGACGUGGUGGAGUGCAAAGGCCAAUCAUUUGGGGGUCAGAGGGGCAACGCAAAGACAGGAUAUGCCCCCGCUGAAGGGGGAAACCCGAUGGGCGCUUAUAAUUAUACCCCCAGGGGCAACACAAAGACGGGAGCUGUCUGCGUCAAGGAGGAACCCGCCCCUGCUGAGAGGGGAAACCCGAUGGGUGCUUAUAAUUAUACCCCCAGGGGCAACACAAAGACGGGAGCUGGCUUCAUCAAGGAGGAACCGGCCCCUUCUGGAGCGGGGAACGAGCCUGACCCUCCGACGGGCCGCACGCUGGUGCAGUAUAAGAGGAUUGCCGAUAAAACAUUGAUUUGUACAUCGACGGCGGGGCCCCUCGAUGGCUCCCCGGCGCGCAUCUAUUUCUGCACGGAGUGUAACCGGUACUUCGGCAGCAGCUCGGAUCUGCUUCAGCACCAGCUGGCCCACAAGCGGCCGAAUGUGGCGUGCCACGAGUGCGGCAAGCAGUUCUCCUGCAAGCCCGACCUGUUCGCGCACCUCCGGCAGCACACCGGCGAAAAGCUUUUCGUCUGCGCCGACUGCGGCAAGCGCUUCUCCCGUGAGUCCAACUAUCUCUCCCACCAGCAGAGUCACAUGACGGAGAAGCCCUUCGUCUGCGCCGAGUGCGGCAAGCGCUUCAGCGACAGCUCGCGGCUGUCCAACCACCGCCGGGCCCACAGGGGGAAGCGGCCCUUCGUCUGCUGCAAGUGCGGCAAGAGCUUCGCCAACGGCUCGCAGCUGGCGGCGCACAAGAAGGGCCACGCGGCGAAGCCGUUCCCGUGCUCGGCGUGUGGGAAGAGCUUCGGCAGCAGCGGCCAGCUCGACGCCCACCAGAAGAUCCACGCCGUGCAGGAGACCUUCAUCUGCUCGCAGUGCGGCGUCGGCUUCUCCUCGUACCCGGACCUCAUCGAGCACCACAAGUUCCACGACAGCCUCCAGAGUCUUCCCUGCCCCAAGAAGGUUAACGGAACCGCGAGACGUCUCAAUAACACAGAGAUUAACGGGACCGCGAGACGUCUCAAUAACAAAGAGAUUAACGGGACCGCGAGACGUCUCAAUAACACAGAGAUUAACGGGACCGCGAGACGUCUCAAUAACACAGAGAUUAACGGGACCGCGAGACGUCUCAAUAACAAAGAGAUUAACGGGACCGUUAACGGAACCGCGAGACGUCUCAAUAACACAGAGAUUAACGGGACCGCGAGACGUCUCAAUAAUACAGAGAUUAACGGGACCGCGGGACGUCUCAAUAACACAGAGAUUAACGGGACAGCGAGACGUCUCAAUAACACAGAGAUUAACGGGACAGCGAGACGUCUCAAUAACACAGAGAUUAACGGGACCGUAGGACUUCUGACUGAAGGACUUCCCGCACUCGGGGCAGGAACAUGGUUUCUCCGUGCUGUGAGUCCUCUGGUGAGUGUUAAGAGCCGACUUCUGGCUGAAGCUUUUCCCGCACUCAGAGCACAGGAAUGGCUUCUCCCCCGUGUGCGUCCUCUGGUGGGUACUGAGAUAGAUCUUCCGACUGAAGCACCUCCCGCAGUCCGGGCAGCAGAAGGGCUUCUCCCCCGUGUGGAUCCUCUGAUGGGCGACAAGGUUGGCCUCCUGGUUGAAGCCCUUCCCGCACUCCGAGCAGCUGAACUCCUUCUCUCCGGUGUGGAUCUUCUGGUGGGUAACCAGAUGGGACUUCCUGCUGAAGCACUUCCCGCACUCGGGGCAGGGGUACGGUCUCUCCUCCGUGUGGACCCUCUCGUGUAUCACCAGCAUCGACUUGUAAGCGAAUUCCUUCCCACAGUCAAAGCAGGUCAGCCUCUUCCGUUUCUGGCCGGGUUCUUCGUCCUUAUCGGAGGUCCUCAAUUCUCCUGGUUUUACUUCUCUACGGAUUGUUUGGUGGUGAAGAAGUCCGGUGAGUGCAUCUCAUACAGCGGCGGGACCCAGAGCCCCAGCCCGGUGCCUCCACCUCACUCGCUGACCCACGAGAGGAAUAGUGAGCAGAAGAUCCUGGAACUGACCAACAAGAUGAUGUCCCUGCUGACUGGAGAGGGGUGGGAAGAUGUGGAAGAAGCGGAUAACAGGAGUGAGGAGAGUCGGCGGCCCCUCGUCACUCCCGGUGGUCCCGUGCGUAUAAAUGCACCUGGGGGUCUCCACAGGACUGACAAAAGUGGGAGGCCAAUCAGUGGGAAGGAAAGGGCCUUCAGACCCUCUAACUCGCAGAGGAAACCCCAGAGGAACUUGGCGGAGGAACCAGCCUCGGAGGGAGAGCCCUUGGCCAGAGCCAACACCCCCCCAGAACAUGUGUCCUUCUCGUCCCCAGAACAUGCGUCCUUCUCGUCCCCAGAACAUGCGCCGUACGGAUCUGUUCACAUCAAGGAAGAAUCCCCUGCGUUUGAGGGAGGACACCUCCUGGCCCCUGACGUUUAUGACCCGGUACAAUACCCACCGGCCACCAUUAAGGAUGAACCGGCUGCGCAUGAAGGAGGAAAGCUCGCCGGUGGCUUUCCCCCGGCAGAGGCAGAAUACACGUCUGCACACAAGGAGGAGGAACCGCCGUCACGCGCAGACGUCUUCGCUUCCUCAAAACACCCCCCGGCGGAUUAUAUGUCGCCGUAUAUUAAAGAGGAGCCCCCAACCUGGAACGACGGGAAUAUACCGUACCCCGACAUCUUUACCGGGGCGGACCAGCCGCACGCGGACUACGCUUCUGUACAUAUCAAGGAGGAGCCGGGGUCUUGGGAGGAAGGUGGUCUCUCAUACAGCGAUGUCUACGCACCAGUGGAGUUCAUGCACAUGGACUAUACAUCGGCUCGUAUAAAGAUGGCGGGCGGCGGGGGUGACCUUCCCGGUACAGCCGUGUACUCGCAGGUUUCAUACAUCUCGGCGCCUCGGCCGGGGGGCCCCAGAGCGAGCACUAAUCAAGCGAGAACGGCUCUGACAAAGAGAGGAGAGCAUAAGAGGAGCUCCAGCUGCAGACCAGGCUCUGCGCCCGCGCAGAGAGCCCUCCUGACGGACGGCGCGUUCCGCUGCUCCGCGUGUCAGGAGAGCUUCCCCAGCAGCGCGGAGCUCGUCAGACAUCAGGUCGUCCACAAGGCGAAGAAGAUCCCGUGCUCCGAGUGCGGCAAGCACUUCACCCGCAUCUCCCACCUGGUCGUCCACCAGCGCAUCCACACCGGAGAGAAGCCCUUCUCCUGCGCCGACUGCGGCAAGCGCUUCUGCCAGAUCUCCCACCUGGUCAUCCACCAGCGGAUCCACACGGGGGAGAAGCCCUUCUCCUGCUUCACGUGCGGGAAGUGCUUCACGCAGAGCUCACACCUGGUCAAGCAUCAGCGGAUACACACGUGACGGGGGCGGGCCAUGGAAACGCUCUCUCCCCCCUCUCCUUGGCGGGUGAGGACGGUACGGACUCCCGUCGCGCCUCCCGUGUUCCCUGAUCUCACGUUUUUGUACUGGUCCCUGUUUAUAAACCUUUUUAACUUAA